CCUCCAUCUCUACUAUCGACCUUGCACAUGCCCUUCCUACCAUCCCAUCUCAUCUAAAUUGGGCGUCGACAUCGCGUAUGCAGUGAAGUACUCGACCUCCUUCGUCACUCAAUUGCCCACGAUGGCACCACGCGAGGAGCUUGUCUCCUCAGCCGUCACCUUCCUCCAGGACCCGUCGGUUUCAUCGGCUCCCGUCGAAAAGCGCAUCGAAUUUCUCAAAUCCAAGAACCUGACCGAAGAAGAGAUCGAGGUCUCUCUGGCUAGAGCCGCGGGUGAACCAUCCCAGUAUAGUCCUUCACAGAAUGCACCCUACUACCCUCCAGCUCAGCAACAGAUAAGAGGGCCUCCCAGUCAACGAUAUCCUUACCCAUACAAUCCUUAUGGCGAAUGGCAACAGCCGCCACCCCCGGAGCCUCCUCGCCGGGACUGGCGAGACUAUUUCAUCAUGGCAACAGUGGUUGGUGGUGCAAGCUAUGGACUUUACGUCCUUGCACAAAGAUACAUCAAACCGUUGAUUGCUCCCCCAACCCCACCACAGUUGGAGCAGGACAAAGCCGCCAUCGAUGAACAAUUCAACCGAGCAUUUGCUUUGCUCGAUACUUUGUCGUCGGACACGGCUUCUUUGAAGGAAGCAGAAGAAGCUCGGACUGCACGACUAGACAGUGCCAUCGGAGAUAUCGAGAGUAUCGUUGCAGAUCUCAAGGCAGCAAACAUGAGAAGAGAAGAUGAUGCGCGUCGGAUGGAGUCUGAGAUCAAGAGCAUGAAGGAUAGUCUCCCAAGAUCGAUUGAUAGUGUCAAGGAUGCCAGUGAAAGACAAUUGAAGGAGUUGAGUACCGAGUUGGCGAGUUUGAAGAUGCUCAUGGGUAAUCGCAUGGGAGGAUCCAGCAACUAUGGCUCCGGCGUUGCGCGAACCCAACCUGCAACGCUUCCCACCACCAACACCGCCACGAAUGCCCAACCGUCUUCAACUGAGUCUACUUCGGCACCAGCAAAUCCCUCUAACCCAGCGCGUCAACCAUCAUCGUAUGGAGCCACAACUUCCCCUUACACAGGAGCUUCAGCAGCGCCACCAUCAUCUUCAACCGCUCCAAGACCUGCAUCUACCAGCUUCUCCAACACUGCUACCAAACCCACCAUCCCUUCGUGGCAAAUGGCAGCACAGAACAAAGCCAAAGAAGCAUCUGCGGCCAGUGCUAAUGGAACUAGCUCCGCAGCUGAUGGUGCUGACGCCGUUGCUGCCCUCACGGCCAGCUGAUUGUAUGUUGAUCAAGCAUAAAUUCGGACGGGGGACCAUCAUGAUUUACAAAAUAACAAGGUCAACAAUGUAAUUUUCAAGACUCUGCUUCUCCAACGCCACCUCCGUAUCUAGCUCUCGCAAUGUCCUUCAACAUAGCCAUAGUCUUGUCCUCUUUCUCCUUUAACCCAGCCAACCUGAC